UUAAGCAACCAACAUGUAGGAUUCGUGACUAUCAAUAUUAACAACUCAAUUCAGGAGGCAGGAAAAGUCACAGAAUGGCUGUGGGUCAAAAUUGAGGUUCCAAAACUUUUUUUAAUGAAAUUAACCCUCUAUUGUGUGCUUUAUGGCAAGAAAAACCUUCCAAUCUAAGCACACAAAAAACUACUACUAGGAAUAUUUUACAUCACACUCCCCAAAUAAUAAAUUUCAUUAUCUAAUUUAUUUUCUACAGUAAUUGUUAUUUAUGGUUUAAAUUAUAGCCCUUAAUAUUUUAUUUUGAUUUAGUUUUGAUUCGAAAAUGAAUUUCUUUCUAGUUUCAAAUGAUGAAAGGCUUAGUUCGAUUGGCGAUUUUUCGUUUGAAAUCUGAUAUGAAAACUUUGCUUGAUGAUGAUAGACUUCUCAGCCACACAAUUGAUGAAAUCAUGCUCUUUUCCCGCAAACUGAAGAAUCAAGGCUAUCCUCAGAGUUAUCCUGACAUUUUACAACUACUGACAUCUGAGCCAUGCUUCACUGAAUGGAGAUCCUUAGAACAUCAAGGAGCAUUAGAGAAAAUGGAUAAAUUCUUAAGUCUGGACACCUCUUGGAAAUCCAGAUAUCAAGAUGAGAGUGAUAUUGAUGAUCUGCAUGUACCAGAAAGUGCAGAACUCUUUAUAACUCUUCUUUUAACAAUGACUGAAAGGUAUUGUAAUGUAUCUGGAAAAGACUGCCAAGUAUCUUUCCUGGAGCUACAAUUGGAACUCCUUGAUGACUUUCGUUUGAGGUUGCAUCAGUUAUCACAAUGUGAAAUGCAAGAAGCUAUUCAGCCCAACUUCUGUGGUAUCAUGAAUGCCAUACAUUACAUAGCUAUGGUGCUAGAGGAAUGGAACAAUUUGCCAUUUUUUCUGCAACUUCACACCUAUAGGAAAAAGAAAUUAGCUUGUGAAGCAAUUAUGAGAGAUUUGGAUAAGUCCCAGUUGAGUAUCAUGAAAGGCAGAGAGCAUCGGACAGCAUCAGAAGAAGAACUUAUAGAAGCGUCUGUGUUUGAUGACACCAUCGGAUUGUUGAAUCACAUGCAGAAUGAUUUCUUACAAACAAUGUGUGAUAGAGUCAUGCUGGAUAUCAAAGCUAAGAGCAGGCCUUAUAGAAAAGAGAAGUUAAAGAUUCGUGUACCUUACUAAACUUGAAUAGUGCACCUGCUAUGUUAUUGAGAGAAACUUUAAAGCAUGAAGAUGGCUUUAAGAGUAAAAGUAGCGCAUUGGAAGAACUUGGAGUAUUUAGUCUUAGUCCAUCUCAAGCACUCAUCAUUCUCUCCCAGAGAAAUCACAUGAGUGUAUAAUUGUACAUUUAUACUGUAUUGUAAAUUACUUCUUUCAGAGUAAUAUAUGAAAUUUUUUGUACAUAAGACUUUGAAAUAAAAUAUUUUAUUUAUUUAA